GGAAGAGCGGAGAGACAAAUCCGGAUAAAGAGGUUAUGAAGAGCUGCCGGGUGGUUUAGUCCAUUUAGUCAUUUUAGUCAUUAGUCACAUAGAUGCGCUAGCGGGUGGGCCGUCAUCAGUGAGGUUUAGAUUCAAGCCUGAAACACCUUUUGUCCUGAAUAUGACAUCGAAAUCCAAGAUCCUGCAAUAGAGCUAAGCCUGAGGACGAACCGGAUUCCCGGCUCGCAUGCCCCCCUCCCCCCACACACCCCCUCUUAAUGUACUCAAACGAAGGUGUGUGGAGGAAAGAGCGAUUCGAGCCCGCAGCCGAUGCCCGGAUAAAAACGGCAGCCUGUGUGCAGGCAGCUGUGGACGACAGGAAGCUGGUACCCAAAAAGCGUCGGUGUUUAUUGUCUGGGAUCUGGCUCCGGAGGCGCGUCGCCGCUGAGGUAUGGGCUGCGCUCCCAGUAUCCACGUCUCUCAGAGCGGGGUGAUCUACUGCCGAGACUCGGACGAAUCCAACUCGCCGCACCAGACCACCACCAUCUCCCAGGGCACCGCGGCCACGCUCCACGGGCUCUUCAUCAAGAGCGAUGCGGCCGAGACCAUCCCCUCCGUGAUCGCCUACCAGAGCCGCCACUCGCGCAACAACUCGUGCCGGGAUCGCAAGGAGAACAGCGGGGGACACAUCCGCAUCGAGGCCGAGACGCAGACCAGCCACACCAGCGUCAAGGUUUCAUCUACAGAAGAAUGUGUCGGACCUAUGAGACUGACUCAAGAGCCCAUUCAGGUCCUGCUGGUGUUCGCCAAGGAGGACAGCCAAAGCGAUGCCUUCUGGUGGGCCUGCGACCGUGCUGGCUUCAGAUGUAAAAUCACACGGACGCCCGAGUCUGCCGUCGAGUGUUUCCUGGACAAGCACCAUGAGAUUAUAGUCAUUGAUGGACGGCACUCACGCUACUUUGACCCCGAAGCUGUAUGCAGGUCGAUCCGCGAGACAAAGCCCUCCGAAAAUACAGUUAUUCUAGCCAUUGUGCCACAAAAACCGGCUGACCAGGACGAGCCAUCUGUUCUUCCUCUCCUCUGUGCAGGAUUUAGCAGAAGGUUUGUGGAGAACAGCAGUGUGACGGCCUGCUACAAUGAGCUCAUACAGAUUGAACAUGGAGAGGUGCGCUGCCAGUUCAAACUCAGGGCUUGUAACUCUGUCUUCACCGCUUUGGAGCAAUGUCAGGAGGCUGUGGAGAUCACGAGUGAGGACCACAUAAUACAGUAUGUGAACCCAGCGUUUGAGCGGAUGAUGGGCUACCACAAGGGGGAGUUGAUCGGGAAGGAACUGACCGAACUCCCCAAGAGCGAAAAGAACAGAGCUGACCUGCUGGACACCAUCAACACCUGUAUCAAAAAAGGAAAGGAAUGGCAGGGCAUUUACUACGCCAGGAAGAAGUCAGGCGACAGUAUACAGCAACACGUGAAGAUCACACCUGUCAUCGGCCAAGGAGGGAAGAUUCGACAUUUUGUGGCGAUCAAGAGACCUCAUAUUGACAACAAUAAUCAGGUCCACAAGUUCAACAAGGAGGAGAGAUGCAGCGGGGAACAUUCUCAGUCAGAUUGCCAUUGUCUACGUCACCGCGACAGGAGGAAAGAUUCUAUUGAUGCCAGAUCACUCAGCUCUCGCAGUAGUGACGCUUCCGGUUUACAGAACCGAAGAUAUUCCUCCGUCGCCAGGAUUCACUCCAUGACUAUCGAGGCUCCCAUCACCAAGGUAAUAAACAUCAUCAACGCAGCCCAGGAGAGCAGUCCGGUAGUAGUGGCCGAGGCUCUGGAUCGGGUGUUGGAGAUCCUGAGAACCACCGAGCUUUACUCCCCUCAGCUCGCCUCCAAAGAAGAUGACCCCCACACCAACGACCUGGUCGGGGGGCUCAUGAAUGAUGGGCUGCGGAGACUCUCUGGGAAUGAAUACGUCUUCUGCAAAAAUAUGAGCCAGAGCCAGCUGGCCAUCCCGGUCACUCUGAAUGACGUCCCUCCACCCAUCGCCGAGAUGCUGAAUGAUGAGGAGUGCUGGGAGUUCAACAUCCUGGAGCUGGAGGCGGCUACACACAAGAGACCGCUGACGUACCUCGGGCUAAAGAUCUUCACGAGUUUCGGCGUGUGCGAGUUCCUGAACUGCUCGGAGGCCACGCUGCGCUCCUGGCUGCAGCUCAUGGAGGCCAGCUACCACUCCUCCAACUCCUACCACAACUCCACGCAUGCCGCAGACGUGCUACACGCCACUGCCUACUUUCUCCGCAAAGAGAGCGUCAAGAGCAGUCUGGACCAGCUGGAUGAGGUGGCGGCGCUGAUAGCGGCCACGGUGCACGAUGUGGACCACCCGGGCAGGACCAACUCCUUCUUGUGUAACGCCGGCAGCGAACUGGCCAUCCUCUACAACGACACAGCCGUGCUGGAGAGCCACCACGCGGCCCUUGCCUUCCAGCUCACCGUCCGAGACAGCAAGAGCAACAUCUUCAAGAACAUAGACAGGAAUCAGUUCCGGACACUGCGACAGGCAAUCAUUGACAUGGUGCUCGCCACGGAGAUGACCAGACACUUUGAGCACGUCAGCAAGUUUGUCAACAGCAUCAACAAGCCGAUGGCGGCCAUAGAAGAGACCAGCACAAGUAGCGUAAACAACGACUGUGACGGUCAGGCCAACAUCAGGAACUCUCCAGAGAACCGUCUGCUGAUAAAGAGGAUGUUGAUCAAGUGUGCAGAUGUGGCGAACCCCUGCAGACCGCUCGAGCUCUGCAUCGAGUGGGCUGGACGGAUCUCUGAGGAGUACUUUGCACAGACGGAUGAGGAGAAGAAACAAGGGCUGCCAGUGGUGAUGCCGGUGUUUGACAGGAACACCUGCAGCGUGCCCAAAUCUCAGAUGUCCUUCAUGGAUUACUUCAUCACUGAUAUGUUUGACGCCUGGGAUGCCUUCGCCAGCCUGCCUGGUCUCAUGGAACACCUGUCGGAGAAUUACAAGUACUGGAAGGACUUGGACGAGAUGAAGUGUAAGAGCCUGCGUCCUCCCCCUCCUUCUUGACCGACCCCUUGUAGCCUCCUCUCAUCCAUCACUCCGAGCAGGGUAGGACAGCGAAUGCAGCCCUGCGGUGAAACAGUUAGUCUCUUCAGCUGUGAUUGGUGGAGCUCUGG